AUAAAUUAUGUAUCGUUUAAUUAGAGUCACUUUACGUUUUGACCGAAGCGUAACGGUUCACCUUCACUGCAGUAAAUAUAUGAAUGGUGGCAUUUAUGAUGCUGUGAACUGACACCAAUUUUAAUGUAUACAAUGGCGUGGUACCACUUGUAAGAGGAAACACUAUCCAUGCAGGUGAUAAUACAAGAAACUGGACUACUAUGAAACAACCAAAGUUGAAACUGCUGAUUGCUUUAUCUUUGGCAAUGCUGUAUUUUCCAGCAUUUCGUCAUUGCGGUAGCCUUAUCAUCAGUGAAGUAAAUGCUGAUACCUGCAUCACAUUCAACAAAAAAGCAAAGUCUACGGACCCAAAGAACUUAACGAGAAACAAUGAAUCUUUAUGUGCAUUCAUUGGUGAGGAGAGUUUCCCAAAACCUACUGCCUGGAACAGAACUUUCUCCUGUAGAAUAAAUAUUUCUAAUUUGUCCGUCUGUUUCUCCGACACAAGCGUGACUGAUGCCGGUGUAUUUUAUCUUAUCGCGGGAAACGUCCAAGAAAACACAAUAACUCUUGAAGUUGAAUAUCCACCGACUGUCUCGCUAUCAAAGGCACAAAAAACCGUGGAAGGACAAAAUCUCUCUAUCACGUGUUCAUACAGACCAGGAAAUCCAACUACUACUUUUUUUUACUGGACGAAGACAAAUUCAGUAUUCAGAUAUAAUGGUCAACUUCUAUGGAUCCCAAAUAUUGGACGUAAACACUCUGGGACAUACACGUGUUUUGCAGAGAACACCUACAGCAGCGGGAAUAAAGGGAAAGCAAACGCCACCAUCAUGAUUGAUGUACAAUAUCCCCCGAUUGUGUCAUCUCUUCCUGACGUUAAGCAUGUGGAAGGAGACCAUGUCAAAAUAGUGUGUAAAAUCACUGCAGGAAACCCAGCUUCUACUAUUAUUUACUGGACCAAACCAGGAGAUUCCGGAUUUAGGCAGUCUGGUUCUAGACUUGCGUUUACCUCUAUAACUAGAAGUCAGAGUGGGGUUUACACCUGUGUUGCAGAAAAUAACUACAUAAGCAAAGGAAAGGGCGUUGACCAACAGUCAUUCCUACUGAGCGUGUUGUAUGGGCCUACAUUUAUCCACGGCCAUAGCCUGUGGGUUUCCGAGGGACAAUCAGCCAGGAUGUUGACGUCAGUAACCAGUAAUCCCGCCUCCAACGUCUCCUGGUUCCGGGACAACCUCAUUGUGUCCACCCAACAAUCAGUCAAUGGCACCACUACUUACAUCAUCCCAAGGACACAGUGUACAGACACCGGACCAUUCCAAGUGGUGGCCACUAACGGGGUCCAGUCCAAACAAUCCACCAAAGUAUCCCUAUACGUUUACUGUUCGCCGAGACUAACAACAUGUGGAAGCUCUGUGGAACUAACCGUAGACGAUGACUUUAAUCUAAACGAACAGAUUUCCGUCCUGUCUUAUCCACAACCAAACGCUUCUCUGGCACUUCCAAGUGGCGCUCUAAACACCAUCAUAACUCUAAGAAUCGAUGCUACAGCAACCAAUUUUUUUACUAUCACUCUGACCGGAUCAAAUAUUCAGUCGGAUGAUUUUGGAACAUACCUUUUGAAUGUUGCUAAUCAAUAUGGAAGGAGAACGAUACAUGUCAACAUUACUUUUGAAAAGAGCUCUGUUUCCACUUCCGUAGUCGUAGGCGGCGUUCUUGGAGGACUACUGUUCCUAGCUGUCUGUGCUAUUGGUUUUCUUUCCUACAAGUACUUCUCAGUUAAAAGAGCUUCAGAGUCUCUAAGGUCAUACGAAACAUUGGAGAAGGAGAAAGCCAUUGUGGACAAUCAUACGUAUGAGCCUUAUACCUGCGAUGAGAAAGCUGAUGUGGAGGAAAUACAGAAAAUUUCGAAGUCAAAUCCAUUUAAACUACCAAUCUUUAAUAAUUCGAGGAAAGAAAGAAAAAAGAAAUGUCCGACGAUAGAAACGCUAAAUCAAGCUAAAACUAAGGAGUCGCCAUUGACCAAAAGUAGAUUUACAAAAAAAGGAAAGAAACUAUAUGAAAACGCCGAAGAAUUGGCCGCGACAGCCUCCGACCAGAAUAAAGGGAAUACUGAAAGUAAAAAAACAAAUGACACAAAAUCGAGAAAUAUCAAGGAGACCAAAUCUAAGCCUUUGGUCCUUCCAAAACCCAAGAAACAACUGUCUAAAACCAGCAAAGCAUUCUCAUAUUUUUAGAUAAUUUUGAAUUAAUAAAAACUCACAAAAUGUUACUGCUAUUCAAGUACAUAAGUUAAUCUAAACUUAAAAAGUUAUAUUUAUAAAUCGAAAACUUUCCAUUCUGUCAGAUGUUGUACAAGCCGAAACGCAAUAGCACCACGAGGACAGUACAGUAUCUGACAGAAUGGCAUGUUUGAAACUUAUAAAUUACUGAAAACAUUUCUCUCUUCAUUGCUUGGGAAUAAUUCUUUUCGAUCGGUCUGCCUCACUAAUUUUAUCAUGCACUAUCCAAUAAAUAAACAAUAAGUAU